AAUAGGGCCGGGGAAAGACUUUUGCUCCAUGAACAAGAGAAGCAUUGCAAUUCGAUUCUUUCGGGACCCUAGAGAAGGAAGAAGAAAUCAAGAAACCCAUCUCUCUUUCUCUCUUCUUUCUCGCUCUAAACCCUCUUCUCCCAUGGCUUCACCUUCACCGUCCCAGGCCAGCCUUCUUCUCCAGAAACAACUAAGAGAUCUCUGCAAAAACCCCGUCGAUGGGUUCUCGGCUGGCUUGGUGGACGAGAACAACCUCUUUGAAUGGAGCGUGACGAUUAUUGGGCCUCCUGAUACUUUAUAUGAAGGGGGAUUUUUCAAUGCCAUUAUGAGUUUUCCUCAAAAUUACCCAAAUAGUCCUCCUGGAGUGAGAUUUACCUCAGAGCUGUGGCAUCCCAAUGUAUAUGCCGACGGGAAGGUUUGCAUUUCAAUUCUUCACCCACCCGGUGAUGAUCCGAAUGGUUACGAGCUUGCUAGUGAGCGUUGGUCACCUGUUCAUACGGUUGAGAGUAUUGUUUUGAGUAUAAUUUCCAUGCUUUCUAGCCCUAAUGAUGAGUCCCCUGCCAAUGUUGAAGCUGCUAAAGAAUGGAGAGAGAAUCGGGAUGAAUUCAGGAAAAAGGUGAGCCGUUGUGUAAGGAAGUCACAAGAAAUGAUGUAAUAGUCUUUACGAAGUUCAAAUUCUUGCUCCAAGAACCACCACCGCUGAUAUGGCUAAGUGAGAGGAAUUGUCUUACUAUGUCUCCUCCGUUGAUCGAAGAUGACACCCUAUGAUGUAGAAUUGCUGUCGGGCCGCAUUGGGUUUUUAGUUUUCUUCACAUUUUGUGGGCACACUUUUAAAGGUCAGCUUCCUUUUUAAAAAAAUUCUGAAAAGUUUUGCAACUUCUUUUUUCUUCUUUUUUGAGUUGAUGGUGAUGGUGAAUGAUGAUGGAACUGUGUGAUUGCUGUUAUAUUUUGUACCUCAUAUCCUGUUAGAAUUUUGUACUUUAAUCAAGGAGGUGCAUUUGG